GGGGAAUGGCGCACGGAAAGGAACAAAAAAAUUAUUGGCGUUCAUUCUCUUGGGGACCCGCUCUGAUAGUUCCAAAUCACACUGCUCGGAUUUGUUGAUUUUAAAUGGCUUGCACUGGCUAGCUACGCAUGGUGUGCUGCAGUUAUUUUGACGUACUCUCCAACCGUCAUUGGUGUGCGGGGGAACAUUCGAAAAUGUGUUCUUAGUUAUUACACAAUUAUUUAUUUAUUUGUUUUGUUUUCUUUCAAUUCCUUAAUGAUAUUGAUUGGUUGUUUUUUUUUUUUAAAUCAAUGCUUUAAAGUGUAAAAAAAAGUGUUGUUUUUUUUAAGAUUCCGGAGAAUCUAGAACCUGUCACUUAAAGUGUUGCUCAAAAGCAUAUCUAAAUUUGUUACUAAAAUGUUAAUUAAAUUGAUGCGUAAAAAAAAAUUAUUCAUUUCAGAGGAGUGUCGAAUUCUUGGCAGACAGGACUUUCAUUUCUUUUCGGGAAAUAUUUUUUUUUGUGUACAAUGGAGUCAAUGUGGAAGAAUAUGAAGUAAGGACACCUUUAGAUUCACGGCUAGACUAUUCAUUUGUAAAAAAUUAAUGGAUGUAAUGUAGGAAGGAUGACUUUAGAUUUGACAUUAUUCCUUACUAAACUCUUGUUGUUGUUUUUUAAACUUUACAAAUCUCCAGCUGAUUUCACUGUUUUUGUUUAUGUGUUUCGUCAAAGCAUGCGCAUUGAUGUUUAGCUAAUUUGCAUACUACAAACCUGUUGUCACGGUAACGCGAUGCCAACAUAUUGUCAGAUGGGUUUGAUUUCGUAAGAGUUAAAACAAGGAUUUCAUUGAAUGGCCACGUUAAUUAUUUUUUUAAAAAAAGAAAAAUGCUCUACUUGGAAUUAUUAUAGGUUAUAUUAACUGAAAUAUGUUGUACAUACGAGAUGUGUUGUACAUCUGAGAUAUGUUGUACAUCUGAAAAGUUGUACAUCUGACAUAUGUUGUACAUCUGAGAUGUUUUGUACAUCCAAGAUAUUUUGUAUAACUGAGAUAUGUUGUACAAUAUUUGAGACAUGGUGUACAGCUGAGAUAUAUUGUACAUUAUUUAAGACAUGCUGUACAUCUUCUUCUUAUUAUAUUUGAGGGGCCCACGAUCAAUUUGUUGAUCAUUCUGACUCCUAGUUUAGAUUCAGAGUUUGUUGGCUUUGAUGGGGGUUGAACUCCAGACCAACAGCUAUUUGGUUUGAGACAGUUUAGACCGCUCGGCCACCCGGCACCAAACAUCUUAGACAUGUUAUACAUCUUUGACAUGUUGUACAUCUUAGACCUGUUGUACAUCUUAGAUCUGUUGUACAUCUUUGACAUGUUGUACAUCUUAGACAUGUUGUACAUCAUAGACAUGUUGUACAUCUUUGACAUGUUGUACAUCUUAGACAGUUUGUACAUCUUUGACGUGUUUUACAUUAUCUGAAAUAUGGUGAGAACUAUGUUGAAUUCGUUCUACUUUUAUCUCAUCAAUGAUGCACAAAUAAUUUGUGUAAAUAAAACAGGGCAUGUUAGCUUUAUUAAGAUUACAUACACAUUGCAACAUUUCGGCCGAUGGCUUCAUUGGUACAAUAUAAUAAAAAUAACAUUGAUGUAAAUUAAAUUUUCAUAUUACAAAUUUAAAAAACUAUCUAUAACUAUUAAAAGCUUUAUCGCAGUCCUACCCUAUUAUAUAUACAUUUUUUUUAAAAAAUUGCAUUAUCUUACAUGUGUGGCAGUGUAUGCCCCAACCCACUAUUUGACCCGUUACGUAAACCAUGUCUGGCGCCCAACUCAAGGCCGCGCGGUGUGUAGUAGCACUGGCGCGGUGCGUAACAGGUAUCCCUUUUCACCUUCCACAGUGUAUGCCCCAACCCACUAUUUGACCCGUUACGUAAACCAUGUCUGGCGCCCAACUCAAGGCCGCGCGGUGUGUAGUAGCACUGGCGCGGUGCGUAACAGGUAUCCCUUUUCACCUUCCCCCCCCUCCCCCCGGACGGUCACUAUACGACCGGCGCAUAGGGAGGAAAUAAUAAAAUACCACGAUGUGCGCAUUGGUUAGGAAUUCAAUAAUUUAUUUAUCAGGAACCCUAGCGUAUUAAGUUAUACAUUACAUCUAGUUAAGACGGGGAUUUUAUUCACUAUACCUUAGCAUAUUUACAAGUUUCCAUCGUUGGAGGAUAUUUUAAUAUUUAGUCAUUAAAGGAGUUUUCGCCUUCAUUUAUAGUGGUCUCCACCCCUUCUAGUUGAGAUAUCUCAAAAACUAUUUAAGUCAUAAAAAUAUAAAAUAGCAUCUUAGAUAGCUAAGACAAAACUGCACAGAUUACAUAUAAGUCGUUAGGGAUGUGGAUAAAGAGUUUAAUUAUUACUCGGGAUUAGUCCCCAGAAUUAGUCAUUUUAUCCCAGGAAACUGGCCAGAAGGCAAAACUUAGACCGACUCGGUUUAGGUGUGACGUAGGGGCUCUCUGAUAUGUCCGCGCACGGUUUUAAAAAGGGGAGCACACGAGGUAGGGGUCAUUUCGAGCUUUGGUCAGCAUACCUACAGUGUGCCUUUGUUCAGUGCGGCCCAUUGGAACGCUCUAUAUUGUCCUUUUUUUCUUUUUCUUUUUCUUUCUCUUUUUCUUUCCCUUUUUCUUCCCCAUAGUUCAUAGGGUCCUGUUUCUUGUUUUCAUCAUAGUAGAGCAUUAAUUAAAAAGCUAUAGUCCUCAAGACCUGAUUGUUUUAUUUGGGAUUUCAUUUAAACUGUAAGCCACGUCAUCCACUCGGCUACACAUGUUUUUGUGUUCUGUCACAUAUUUGAUGUGUUUUAUUUAUGUCUGUUAAAUGCACUGUCACAGAUCUGCUGUCAGGUAUCUGAGAUCAGCUGUCGAUCAUAUAAGGUCUGAUAUUUAUCAUAUGAAAUUUGAUGAUUAUACAAUGAGGUCCAAUGUGGAACAUGUGAGAGCUGCUGUGACCUGCAACAACUUUUUUUUUUCAAAUAAUGGAACCCAAAUCUAUACUAAAAGUGGAAAAAAAAAUCUUUCACAUCGAUUUAGUUUUUAUUUAAAUUUAAAGGUUAUUGGCGCGACGAUACAAAUGGUAUCGAUCGACGAAUAUCGUGAUUAAAACGCAUGCGAGUCACAGCUCCAUCCAUAACGGAUCAGACGCCUUCCUGAUUUUUUCAGUAGUUAUCUUCAUUGAUUAAAUACCGAGUUACACUAGUGUCCAAGACAAUACUCAGUGGGCCUCAGAUGGCUACUCCCUGGGUGCUUGUGUUAACUAAAGAGUGUAAAGGCAGAUUGACUGAAGGUUGUAAAGACAGAUUGACUGCAGAUUGUUAUGGCAGCUUGACUCAAGAUUUAAACGGCAGAUUGACUGAAGAUUGUAAGAAGAUUGUCUGAAGAGUGUAACGACAGAUUGACUGAAGAUUGUACGAAGAGUGUCUUAAGAUUGUAACGAUAUAUUGAGUGAAGGCAGUAAGAAGAUUGUCUUAAGAUUGUAACGACAGAUUGAGUGAAGGCUGUAAGAAGAUUGUCUUAAGAUUGUAACGACAGAUUGAGUGAAGGCUGUAAGAAGAUUGUCUUAAGAUUGUAACGACUGAUUGAGUGAAGGCUGUAAGGAGAUUGUCUUAAAAUUGUAACGACUGAUUGAGUGAAGGCUGUAAGAAGAUUUUCUCAAGAUUGUAACGACAGAUUGGCUUAAGAUUGAAAAAAAAAAACAGAGGGUAUGAAUUUUUUGUCAUUAUUUGAUUAUCCAAAAUUGUAUAUCGAUAUUCUGCUUAAAUUUCAUGCGCCACUAGCUUCUCAUUAUGCUGAUUACUUUUGCGAUUCUAUUUACUUCUCUAAAGUACUUGUCCAUAUUGCGUCUCUAUUCAAUUCGCUAAAAUUAUGAGGAAAAAUAUUUGUGUAUGUAAAUUAUAAUUUUUUAAAGUCCUGUCACAUGUUUUCGGUUGCCAUUUUUUGUAUGUUGUUAAUGUGUGGGGUGUUGUGUUGAGGACUGUAAUGCUUUCUUGGGGAGUGAGAUGUUGUGUCAGGGAGUGAUAUGUUGUGUUAGGGAGAUGCUGUGUUAUGGGAGUGAUAUGCUAUGUUAGGGAGUGAGAUGCUGUGUUGGGGAGUGAGAUGUUGUGUUAGGGAGUGAGAUGUUGUGUUAAAGGAGUGAGAUUUUGUGUUAGGGAGUGAGAUGUUGUGUUAAAGGAGUGAGAUUUUGUGUUAGGGAGGGAGAUGUUGUGUUAGGGAAUGAGAUUUUGUGUUAGGGAGUGAGAUGUUGUGUUAAGGAGUGUGAUGUUGUGUUAAAGAGUUAGCGUUGCUUUGGGGAAUGAUGUGCUAUGUUUGGGAGUAAGGAAAUGUGUUGGGGAGUGAGUUUUUGUGAAAGGGAUUGAGAUGUUGUGUAAGGGAGUGAUGAGUUAUGUUGAUGUGUGAGCAGUAGUGUUGCGGAGAGACGUGUUGUGUUGAAGAGUGUGAUGUUGUGUGAAAGAAGAUGUUGUGUUGGGGAGUGAAAUGUUGUUUUGGUGGGGGGGGUGAGAUUUUGUGUUUGGGAGUGAUAUGUGUUGGGGAGUGAGGUGCUAUGUUUGGGAGUGAUAUUUGUUGGGGAGUGAGAUGUCGUGUUUGGGAGUGAUAUGUGUUGGGGAGUGAGAUGCUGUGUUUGGGAGUGACAUGAGUUGGGGAGUGAGGUGUUGUGUUUGGGAGUGAUAUGUGUUGGGGAGUGAGGUGUUGUGUUUGGGAGUGAUAUGUGUUGGGGAGUGAGGUAUGUGGGUUUGAUUGAAACGUACAUUUCUUUAAGCUCUGUAGAAUACACUGAAGGCGACAAGGCAUUUAGCUAAUGGGUAAAUGUUGGAAAGUCUCAUCUCAAUCAUGGGUUGGCUGAACAAAGGGGUGGAAAGUGUUCAGUUCAAAAAUGAUGAAAAAAAAAAUAUUAUUUUGUUUAUGAGUCAAAAUCUGUAACUUUGACCUCCUUAAUCUGCUUUAUUAUUUACUGAUAAAAAAAGUGUACCAAACGAAUGUAUGUUUACUUUUAGUUUGGGGGUGUUUUACUGAUAUGCAUGUUGGGGAUUCUAUACUCACUUUGCUUAAGUUUAGUUCUUCUUCUUCUUCUUCUAUAUAUUAAGGGCCCAGGAUCAAUUUAUUGAUCAUUCUGGCUCCUAUGUAUGUAUAGGGAAUUUUCAAUAUUUCUGCGCUUGGUAUUGAAGAGGAUAUUUCACUGGUUGCCAGGGUUACUCAGCAAUGGCAUUAUGAUCUGGGGGUUGGAAGGCCUGAGGCAAUAGACGCAAAUUUUUUAAAUGUUGUCGCCUCAACUAUUCCUUUUGGAAGCUUGUUCCAGUCCCUGGUUAUCUUUGGUAGGAAUGAGCAGCUCCUGUACUGUAUUCUUGCUGUUAUGAGCCGGAACUGCCUGUCAUGGCCUCGUCACUGUCUUAAAAGGGAGGGGGGGGCGAGUUUCUGUCCGUUAUUUAUCUUGUACAUCAUGGAGAGCCUGGAUAACCUUGUUCAUCCAACCAUUUAUGACCAACCCAGUGUUUCCAGUGUGCUGCCAACACUAGAGGUGUUUCUUGCAGCGGUUCAAAACAAAGCGUGCUGCCCGUCGCUGGACCGCCUCCAACCUUUCAAUUCUCUUCAGUUUGAAUGGGUCCCAUACUGAGGAUGCACACUCUAAAAUCGGCCGGACAAAGGCUUUAGAGUUUGAUAUUAUUUGAAUAUGACGACUACUUUAUAUGGUCAUUCUAAAUGCCCGCCUAAAUAAUUUAUUAUUCUUCUGUAGGUUAUCCUUACUAAUCACAUUUUGUUAGCAGAUGUGCAAAAGGGCAUGAACGCACAAGAUUUUUUGUUUUUAAUGCCUAUAAAAACACGCAUUUUUACUCUGCACCAAGUCUUAAGCAGAGUCUAAAGUAGACUUAUGGUACUAAGAGAAUGUUAUCAAGAAACCCUCAAAGGAACUUAUUAUAACAAAGUAAACAUUUGAAAGCUCAUUAAUGAUACAAAGAUAUUAAUAAUUUAUCACUAAUUUAAUUUAAUUUAAAUUUAAUUUAAAUUAAUUUGCAUUUCGAAAAGAAAAUCUACCAACGUAGAGAACACGAAUUAAUUAUAAUCACAACAGGAAGUAACUAGGAAAUUACAUAUGCGUUGUCAAGGCAGGUGAAAAAUAAAAAUCAAUGCGCAUAUUUUAAAAAUAAAAAUUGAUAUUAAAAUAAAUACAUAUGUGUUUGGAUAUUUAUAAUUUGUAAAUAUUAUUUUAUAUAAUUUUAAAAUAUUUUUCGUUUGUAAUUGUGUGAUUUAUUUGAUUACGUAAGGACUAUUUUGCGUAGUGCAAUUACCCAGUUUCAAACUACCGCACAAUAUUCUGCAAGCUGUUUACAAAUGGCGUAAACGCUUUUAAAUAAAUCUAAAUUUUUGGAGCGUUUCAUAUAGUUUAGGAAAAUUAUUUUACCUUAAGGUAAAUAUAUUUAACUAAGAAAUUCAAAAGCCGAUUCAGAACUAUCUAGUAAUGUACUAAUUAACUUGAUGCUGAGAUUGUUAUGUUAUUAUUGGCUUUUUUUUUUUUAAAGUCAAAUUAUAAUUAAGUAGGCUAGUGGUCCAUCUCUAAUAAUACUAAUGCUCAGUUCACACGAUCAAAUUUGCGUCAAAUUUUUGCAUGAACGCACUAUUUUUUGCGUUUUUUAUUUGUUGUUUUUUUUUUGACAAAAAAGAGAAGGCCGGCACUACGUACACCGCGGCGGUUUACCUAGCGAAACUAUUGACUUUGGCCUGCGUACACCGCGGCGGUGUACCUAGCUAAAUCAUGGUCUGUGGCCUGCGUACACCGCAGCGAUUUACAGUAGCCAAACUAUGGUCUUUGCGAGUCUUUAACUUUUUGGCCUAACCGGUACUUGUAGAUUUAAUGUUAUACUCGUGUUAAAACUGAAAACUAUUAAAAAUUUGUUUAUUACCUUGGGAAGAUAUUGAGUAAGGUCCACACGUAUGUGGCAAAGUGCAUGUAAAGCAUUUCUUAUUAUUUUUGGAAGGGAAGGGGCUGGGGGAGGGGGGUAAUGUUAAACAAUGAUUUAUUUUUAAAGUUAACCACUUUAUUCCCCCCUCCCCCAAUAUCUUUAAAUAUAUUUAUUAAUUGUAAGUUUUAUCAUAUGAUUGUGAAUCUUAAUUUGAAAUUAUUCUCUCAUGCCCACCCCCACCCAGUUGUUAGUUGUUUUGUUUUGGGUUUGUUUUUUUUUUUGUUUUUUUUGGGGGGGGGGUGCCUUAUAAAUAUAACAUUGUAUGUGAUCCCUCGGGGCAUGGUGUAAAAAUGAAUGGGAAGACAGUGUAUCUAUUUUGUUAGCACCAUGAUAUAAUUACGCCACAAAUACACUACGGGAAGAGAAUCACAUACUCAUACAUUGAUCAUGAAGUCGUGAAGUUAAAGUAGUCCGAGGCAUUGUCAUUGUGACACCAAGCAUGUGUCAACACAAAACAGCAGUAAGAUGAUCAAUACGAAACACUGCAGUUAUUUGAAAGUCUUUUAACAAUAAUUAAAAAUCAUUGAUUUAGUUUUACAUUGGCAUUACACAUUAGUAAAAAAAAUGCAGGCAGAGGGAGGGGGGAUGCAAAAGGUAAGUUGGUUGUGCGGACGUCCUUUGUGGACAACCCCUAUCCUGAGCCGUGAUUUGUGAAUGCCCUCUUUUUGGUUAAGCCUCUGCCCAUAACUCACCACCACCCCCCACUCCCCGGCAAGGAUCGAUUUCUUAAAAAAAAAAAAAACAACAACAAAUACAAAAACUUUGACAUAGUGCAAAUCCUGUCCCAAGCGCAUUGUGCAAUGGUUUCUGUGAGAAAACGUCGUGUUUUACCCUGAGAAUAGCACAUGCCAUGCCAUUCUGGAAACAAAUUAUGUCAUGAAAAGGGUAAACGCAGACCUAUGGCUUUGCUAUACAGUUUGCUACCGCUCCGCAAGUUUCUAAAAUCGAGGUGUUUUCAAAAGAUUUGCUGUGAGACUGAGUGUUGUGAAUGAACCUUUGAUAUCGUAUGUACAUUUUGCCAAUGCAUAAGGCAUAGUGAAAGCAAGAUGGUUCAAGGUUGAAAUACGACCAUGCACAUUAAUAUUCAUAUGCAUGAAUAUUAUUCAUACUGGUAUUUUCUUUGGUUGUUCGUAAAAGUAAAAUGUAAAUAUUCAACUAUACGAAGAAUGUUGAAAUACAAUAGAAUAUCAGUCACUUAGUAUUCAUAAUGUUUCUGUUAUACAUGAUCAUCAUGUAUUACAUGCGCUUUCAGAAACUUUAAGUUUGUUUUCAAAUGUCUAAAGUCUUAUUACUAAAGUUACCGGUAUUUUCAAAGUCAAAGGCCGGCACAACUUGUUGAAACACUUAUAUAUAUAAAUAAAUAUAUAAAGUGUAUUUAAUAUAAUAUUUAAACAUAUAUUUAAAUGGUUUCAAUUGCUACAAAAUACUUUAAAACUAAAAUGGGAGGAAAAAAAACUCGAUCCCCUACUGGAAUUUGAUCUCAAACUAUAUUAUCACCAAGCGUCCACUCUACCACUUGACCACACAAGAUCCUCUCCAAAAAGUAUAUCUUAAAACCAGGCCAAUGGUAAAUUUUUGCCGCGGUGUACCCAGGCCAAAGCCCACGAUUUCACUAGGUACACCGCCGCGGUUUACGCAGGCCAAAGCCGAUGGUUUCGCUAGGUACACCGCCGCGGUGUACGCAUCCACUUCGAAAAGAGAAUUUGAUCAAAUAAUAGUGACCUGGGAGUUAUGACAAGGCUUCAUACAAAUAUCGCUUCAACUUCAAUUUUUUUUUGUUAACGCAAAUUUGGGUAAAUUUGGAGAGAUAGCACCGUGGCCGCCAUCUUGGUUGCCGCGAACUUAUGUCCUAAAUGUAUUCCUAAACCUAACCUGAAAUCUAAAUCAAAAUAUAUCCCUAAACCUAACCUGAACCCUAAACUUAUCCCUAACCUGGGGUUUGACCCUAUCAGAACCAGUGUUACAGUUUUGACCCUAUCGGAACCAGGGACAAACAUGCAAAUGACGUCAGGGUGCUAUCCCUCCAAAUUAGCCGAAAUUUGAUCAUGUGAACAGAGCAUGGCAUAACUCUAAAUUCAUUUUUUUUUUUAAACUUUUACUAUAUUGUAUUAUAAUAAAUAUUAGUUAUAUAUAUCUAUAUUAUAUACUCUUAGUAUUUGAGAUUAGAGGCUCUAAUGACUAAAGUAAUACCUGGUAUAGGUAACCCAUGUCCCCCCCUUGACCUGGCAAAAAAUACCAUGGCCAUCCAUUAAUUUGUAUCCAUAAAAUAAAAUAUUGCAACACAUUAAUUAUUAUUAGAUUAGUUGCCAUUCACCUUCUGUAAUUUUUAUUUUUGUGUAUAUUACUAUAUUAUUUGUUUGUAGGAUAGUCAACAUUAAUGAGUGACAAUCCAAUAUUUAACAGUAGACACUGCUUGGAUGUUGAUAAUAAUUAUUAUGUUUCAUUUUUUUUAAAUUUGUAGAUCUUUAUGAUGACUUUAAGUUUAUGUGCUACAUGUUUUUAAAAAUUAAUUUUAGAAUAAGAUAUUUUAAAUCUGCGGCACAUUUCAAAAUUCUAGAGUAAUCAAGUGAGGUUAUUUUGAUAUUUUAGCCAAUAUUGGGAAUACCAGGUGCUGCAAAAAUUAUUUUAAAUAAUAUAUUAUAAAUUUGGAGAUGUAUACCAAUUUAUUGAAUACAGAUAGUCGUAAUAAUAAUAUUUAUUUUAUUUUCAUAGCUCUUUUCAUUAUUGUUUCACCAGUGCUGUUCAAAAAGUCAGAAUGGGUAAGAAAGUUGAGAAGGCAUUUUCCAAAGACAGGCAUUUGUCAUCAGCAUCGCACGUGAAUGAGGAUUCAAAUAGUAAAACACCAGGUAAGGUUUUUUUUUAUAAUAGUAAAAACCAGGUACAUUUUUAAAAUAAAAAGAACUUUGCAGUUGAGAACAUAACACAUUUUUGUAUUCAAUAUAUAUUAUUUAAAAUAUAUUAUUUGUCUUUACGUGAUGGUCCUUUCCAAUUUGACUUUAUUAAAUACAAUUUCUUUCCUUAUCACGGACAUCAGCUACAGUAUCAUAGAUACUGCUUCUUUGGAGACUAAUAUAUUGAAAUAAUUUUUCAUAAUCUACCUUUACAAUUCUUUAAAAUAUCUCCUGAAAUUUGUUCAUUAAAAAAAUUGUAUUAUAAACAUACAAUGAGGCCAAUGCUUUACGGCUUUAAUUUUAUUGUUUGGUUUAAAAAUAUAAAUAACUGCUACAAGUGAGUAGUAGAAAAUUAUGACUAAUGUAUUAACUAUCAAAAACUGUUAAAAAUGUUAUCAAGAUAAUUCAUUUUGAAUGAACAAAACGAAAUGUAGAUGCAUUCAUAAGUAAUUCGUUUUUUGUGAAUUUAUAAAACAGAGGUAAUGUGUAAAAUUAUUACAAUAUUAUAUUGCCACGAAUUUUGUAAAAAGGUUUUUUAAUAUAACUGCAAAUAUAAAUGAAGCCAUAGCACAUUUCAAGCCCCACUGCCACUCAUAACAGGACAUUGGGUUGUUCCUUAGUUGGGUGACAAGUCAUAUUUCCCUAAGGAAGCUGGCACGACUGAAGUUUUUCAAAAACCCCCCCCCCCCCACACACACACAAUGACUAACCACGGUGGUUGUCAAGGGGAUGAUUCUGUCACAACACACCUGUCGGCAUAACAAUGUGCAGAAACCAGCAAAUAAAACUCAGUGUUCCCAUGGAAUGCAAUUGUUCUACUAUGAGGACUGACCAGGAAAUUUUUCUGCUGCUAGGACUGACCAGGCAAUUUUUCUACUACUUGGACUGACCUGGGAAUUGUUCUACUACAAGGACUGAUGAGGCAAUUGUUCUACUACAAGGACCAGUGCUGGCAUUUAGAGUUUAGGCAAAGCAGGCAACUGCCUCAAGCGCCAAAUUUUAGGGGCAUCAUUUUGAUCCCAAACAAGACAUGUCAUACUAUUGUGAAAUUUUUUUUGAUAGAUGUGUUCCUUAGAUUGUGCAGGGUGGAAGAAAUGCAUUUGGGCCAAGGGAAUUGUCUGGAUCCAGAGACCUGGGUAGUUUUUUAAAAGUUUUUGGGAUGUGAAAGGUUUAAUGAGAUGGUUCAUGUUGCUUAUGUUCUGUAUGGAAUUCACAAAGACGCAACUUACACAUCAUUAAUCAGAAGAUGGCUGAAUCACAGUGUGACCCUUCGCAAGGACAUACAGACUAAUGCUGAUCACCUAUUCAGACAUGUGUCUGUUCUUACAAAAUGGAUCUGGCCCUGGAUGUCAAUUUUCUGAGGCUGCUCUCAAAGGUUUUUAUGUUACCAACUUGACGCCCCAUGAGAAAUAUACCACUGAAAUAUACCUCUGCUAGUUGUUUAGUAACUGAAUCAACUGCAAGCUGAAUGGUCAGAAUUUUUCUUGUCAGAGUUUAAAGGCUACCCCUUUUCAAUAAAGCCUGUUUAAAUUCAAACAGAUUUUUUUAAUGUUCUAUAUAAAAUCUAAAUAGUGUCUAGUUUUAGUUUUAUUUGUGUUAAUAUGACUGUUAUUUAAGAACUUUUAUAUUCUGUUCUCUCCAGCAGUUCAUUUUCAAUUAUCAACAGUUAAUUUCAACUGGAACAUUUUUAGGAGAUUGGGGGGCCAAAAUUUUUAACUGGCUGAGGGGUUAAAUGUCCUGCAUUGACUAAGACUUAUCUACUGCCCUCUUCAUCUUUGUUUUCAAUGAGUUCUAUAAGUUCUAAACUAGAACUAAGUUCAUUAUCGCUGUAUAAAAUAAACACAAAUACUUUUUAUGUUAAUUUACUUGAAGCUGAUAAGUAUUCUACUUAAAUACAUGUUUUUAAAUGCUUCUUCUUUUUUUAAUAAUGUCUCUGAGCUUUUUCCCAGCCUCUGCCAUAAUCCUAUUACACUCUCCACUCUUUGCCUUUUCCUUCGCCUCUGCCAUAAUCAUAAUAUACUCUCCACUCUGUGCAUUUCCCCAGCCUCUGUCAUAAUCCUACUACACUCUCUGCUUUUCCUUAGCCCCUGCCAUAAUCCUACUACAAUCUCCACUCUGAGCCUUUCCCCGGUCUCUGCCAUAAUCCUACUACACUCUCCACUCUGUGCCUUUCCCCAUCCUCUGUUAUAAUCCUACUACACUUUCAAGUAUUAGCACAAAAAAGUUUUUCAUACCAACUUUUGUAGUUCUUGUAAAUGCGUUAAACUGUUUGUACUGUACAAGUAACCUCUCACUCCUCUAUGAAUUUAUUUCUUUUGACGAUCCAAUUUAGUAGAACCAGAGAUUGUUGAGCCAUGGCGUAAGUAAUUGAAAAAAGUUUGAUGUUACAAAACUAUGUGUUAUAGGUGACCUCUUUUCAUUCCAAUUAUUUCUUGUUUUGUUUCUUCAAUUUGAUUUGUAAUUUUUAUAAACUGCUUAUUUUAUGUACUAUUUGUUCCCUGUACUACUUGCAUUAUGCUCUAUUUCUUUAUAUUACAAGCUUAUACAUUGUGCUUCACCACAGGUUUUCAGGAUGUUAUUGAACUAAUUUGGAGAAGUUAUAGAGGAUAUUACAUGGUGGACUGCUUCAAUCAGUGUGAAGUCAAUAAAUAGUGGACAAGAUAUGUUUAGGCUUGAAAAAAAGGGGCGUUUCAGUUAAAUGCCUUCUUCACAAGACAAUAAAAAAAAACAAGAAAUAACACUUUUUUCAAUUUAAAAAACUUAAUUGUUUUCAGAUUACAAUGUAGCUUUCUGUCUCUGUGUGGUAACCAAAUUAUCUACCGGUGCUAUUUAAUUAAAUUGACCUUUUCGUUUUAUGUACUUUUUGUUGCACAUCAUUUUUAUUUUGAUUAUUUUUUUAUAUGCUUAGACCACACCUCUGUUCUUUUUUUUUUAUUGUUAAAUUUUAAAGUUUGUCUUUUUUUUUAUAUGUACAUAAACAUUUGUCCAUAUGCAAUAUUUGUAACCUGUUAAUGAUUUAGAGUGGCCCCAAUCAUUUAUGUCAUUUAAAUUUUCUUUUAAGCCAUGCAAACAUCCUGAGCCAAACUGGUAUUUUCUAGGAAGGUUUGCACACCUGACUGCUCUCUCUCUAUUUUUUGUUAUUAUUUUGAUAACUUUAUUUAAUUACAUUAAUUUUUAAAAAUUUCUGUCUUCGAUAAUCUAAUUUAUGCUUGUUUUUUUUUUAAAUUCAUUUAUGCUUUAAAUGUUUUCAUUUUUAAGAAAUUAAUUAGUUGUCAGCAAAAAAUCUCUUAAGUCGCUUCAAAGCCUCAGUAUUAAUUCUUCCCUACUCAGUUAUUUUGUCAAUUGUCAUGCAUUUAUCUCCUUAUAUUUAUAUUUCUAAAUAAGCUAUCAUUACCUUAUUUUUUUAUAUAGUGUUUAACCAUAGAGUUAACUAUAGAACCAUAUUGAAAUUAAUGUGACAUGGAUUAAAAAAGCGAAUUAAAGUUUAAGAUGAUGAGCCAUAUUAAAAUAUUGUUAAAAGAUGUGUGCUUUCCCUUACAGAGCCCCACAAAUGCCUUGGGAAUUUUCAGUUGGAUUUCACAGAGCUUUGCAAACAAAAUGCAAUGGCUGUCAUUCCAAACAUUGUUACUCGACCAAAGGUGCCAACAGGUCAGUCCAGUGCAGUUGAUUUGAAACCUACCAAAAAAGAGGACAAACGGCUGACCCUUCUCCAGGUUCAUGAGCCUGAUCCUGACCCGGAGUUAAACCAAGACGGAGGUCUGUAAUGACAUUUUAUUCCAGCUCUGCGUACUCUUGUACUCAUGGUAGCAGCCAUGUCACAUUGGUAACAGCCAUGUAAUGGGUUGCAGCCAUGUAAUGGGUAACAGCCAUAUCUUUGAUAACAACCAUAUUAUGGGUAACAGCCAUAUCCUUGGUAACAACCAUAUAAUGGGUAACAGCCAAAUCCUUGGUAGCAGCCAUAUAAUGGGUAACAGCUAUAUCCUUGGUAAAACCAUAUAAUGGGUAACAGCCAUAUCCUUGGUAACAAUCAUGUAAUGGGUUACAGCCAUAUCCUUGGUAACAGCCAUAUCGUUGGUAACAGCCAUAUCCUUGGUAACAGCCAUAUCCUUGGUAACAACCAUAUAAUGGGUAACAGCCAUACCAAGGACAACCAUAUAAUGGGUUACAGCCCUAUCAUUGGUAGCAGCCAUGUAAUGGGUAACAGCAAUGAAAUGAGUAACAGCCUUUUCAUUGGCAUCAGCCAUGUCAUUGGUAACAGCCACUUCACUGGUAACCGUCAUCAUGUCAGUGCUAGCAGUCCUAUAAGAACAGAAUCUUUAUAUCGGAUAUGACUCUUUUAAACUCUUUUCUCUGUAGUCCCUGGCUAUGUGUCCAUGAUAGACUUAUGUCUCCAUGAUAGCUUUAUGUUUCCAUGAUAGGCUUAUGUUUCCAUCAUAGGUUUAUGUUUCCAUGAUAGGCUUAUGUUUCCAUGAUAGGCUUAUGUUUCCAUGAUAGACUUAUGUUUCCAUCAUAGGUUUAUGUUUCCAUCAUAGGCUUAUGUUUCCAUCAUAGGCUUAUGUCUCCAUGAUAUGUUUAUGUUUCCAUGAUAGGCUUAUGUUUCCAUGAUAUGCUUAUGUCUCCAUGAUAGGUUUAUGUUUCCAUCAUAGGCUUAUGUUCCCAUCAUAGGCUUAUGUUUCCAUCAUAGGUUUAUGUUUCCAUGAUAGGUUUAUGUUUCCAUCAUAGGCUUAUGUUUCCAUCAUAGGCUUAUGUUUCCAUCAUAGGUUUAUGUUUCCAUGAUAGGUUUAUGUUUCCAUCAUAGGCUUAUGUUUCCAUCAUAGGCUUAUGUUUCCAUCAUAGGUUUAUGUUUCCAUGAUAGGCUUAUGUCCCCAUGAUAGGUUUAUGUUUCCAUGAUAGGCCUAUGCUUCCAUGAUAGGCUUAUCAACUAUUUUUUGUCAAGUUAUUUGGGAUAUAAGUUUUUGUCAAACUUUCUUGUGUUUUGUAUUGUUACGUUUAGGUAGGAAUUCAUUAAACUAAAACAUUCCUUUUAUUGUCAUGGUUUGGAUUUGUUUGUUAUGAGAAGCCAUUCGUGUUGUGCCAUAAUGUUUUUUUUGUCAGUGAGUUUAUCUCAACCUGUUAAAAAAAAUGGAAAAGAGGUAGGUGAAGGUUAAGCGACUGUUUGUCUUUUUUUAGAAUGGGUUGGAGCUUAUUUUUUUCUAUUGCACUCAGUCUUAGUACAGUAGAGAUAUAUUCACUUGACAGAUUGUGAAGUAAUUUCUGAAUUAUCUGACUGUAAAUAAUGAAAGAUUUAAUUUUUGUAAAACUUUUUUUUUAUAUUUACUUGUUUUAAGUUGAAAAUGGUAAGGGUCUAACCAAUGUUUCAUUUUUUUAUCAUCAUAAUUUUCCGCUCGUCCAGAACCAAUUGAUGUGCCACCAAAAACAUUCACAACUCGACCCAAAUUUGAGUACUUCAAACCUGCGGUACAGGUAGAGCUUGACAAUAAUGAUAAGUGGGACACGGUCACCGAAGUGUUUGUCAGAGGUCAGUAACAUCCCUGCACAAUUUUGAUUGAUGUUUUUUUUUGUUUUUUUGCCAAGCAAACUAUUGGAUGCAAAAUUAAUUCACCUUAUAACUAGCCAAGUAAAUUGUUAGAGACAUAAAUAAUUCACCUUAUAAAUACCCAAGUAAAUUGUUGGAGACGUAAUUAAUUCAUCUUAUAACUAGCCAAGUAAAUUGUUAGAGACAUAAUUAAUUCACCUUAUAACUAGCCAAGUAAAUUAUUGGAGACAAAAUUAAUGAGCUCUAUCACUAGCCAAAGGUAUGACAUUUAAUCUAUCUUCCAUAAUCUACAUUUAAAACUGUCUACUUUUAAAACUUUCUAUUUCUGAAGGCUGGAAGAUUGAUUCUGCAAUGAUGGAAAUAUUUCGUCAGUGUUUGACAACUUUAGAACGCCUUCACUCAAUCAAGUACAACCUUCCUUUCUAAUUAAAGAACUAUUAGAUGGGAACUAAAGGGGUUAAUUAGCAUUUAGCUACUCAGCUUAAGUUUGGCUUUUUUUUUUUUUAAACUGAUUUUCUCCCACCAUUCACAUUUCACCAUCAUCACUAGUCACAUUUCACAAUUGUCACUAGUUACAUUUAACCAUUGCCACUUGUCAUAUUUCACCAUUGUCACUCUUCACAUUUCAUCAUUGUUUCUAGUCACAUUUCAGCAUCAUCACUAUUCACAACUCACCAUUGUCGCUAGUCACAUUUCAUCACUGACACAUUUCAUGUGCUGUUUCCUAGUUUGUGGAACACAGGACUCACUGAGGAAACUGUUCACACAUUAGCCACAUUUCUACCCCAGUGUGUUAACUUAAGGUAGGUAGCCACAUUUCUACCCCAGUGUGUUGACUUAAGGUAGGUAGCCACAUUUCUACCCCAGUGUGUUAAAUUAAGGUAGGUAAGUGCCCUAGUGUUGUGGUGGUAAGUUAUUUCCACUGAAAAAUAUCAGUUUUAAUCAUAUGAAGAUUUAAAAAACUCACUUAGAAUGUUUGAACAUUUACACAUCCCUAUCAGUUCAUAAAUGUAAUCUAUUGAAUAUAUUCUCAUUACAUUUCCACAUCCCUGUUAGUUCAUAAAUGUAAUCUUUUGAACAUUUUCUCAUACAUUUCCAAUUUCCACAUCCCUGUCAGUUCAUAUGUGUAAUCUAUUGAACAUUUUCUCAUUACAUUUCCACAUCCCUGUUAGUUCAUAAAUGUAAUCUUUUGAACAUUUUCUCAUACAUUUCCACAUCCCUGUCAGUUCAUAUGUGUAAUCUAUUGAACAUUUUCUCAUUACAUUUCUUCAUCCCUAUCACUUCAAAUAUGUAAUAUAUUGAACAUUUUCUCAUGAAAUUUGCACACCCCUGUCAGUUCACCUAUGUAAUCUAUUGAACAUUUAGGAAUGUUACUCUUGAUGGCAACACAGUCAAGGAAGAGAACUGGUCUGAACUCAUAGGUGAAGAAAGUUUGUGAGUAUUUGCUCUUGUUGAAUCUAAAAUUAAUUAUUGCCGAGCAGAGUUAACCUUAUCCUUAAACAUUGAUUGAUUCCAUCUGUUAAUUAAGCUUUACAAUUAAUAUUUUAAAUUACCCUCUUCCCCAUUUUUAACCAAACACUAAAAAGUUGCUUUUAUGUUUUUACUGCUUCUACACUCUUUUGAAUAUAUCAAAGGAAAAUAAUUUAAUUUAGACUGUGUAGAAUCUAACAAUCUCUAACCUUGAGUUUAAACUGUGUAGAAACAAACAAUCUGUAACCUUCAGUUUAGACUGUGUAGAGGCAAACAAUCUGUAACCUUCAGUUUAGACUGUGUAGAGGCAAACAAUCUGUAACCUUCAGUUUAGACUGUGUAGAGGCAAACAAUCUGUAACCUUCAGUUUAGACUGUGUAGACGCUAACAAUCUGCAACCUUGAGUUUAGACUGUGUAGAAAAUAACAAUCUAUAACCAUCUUUUUCAGAAUUCAGAACUUGUCUCUACGCCACUGUAAGAUAACUGAUAAAGGAGCCGCAUCCAUAGGCAGGGCUUUAGGGACAGCCAAGUUGGCCAACACAAAACUGCUGUCACUUAACCUGACAGGGAACUUCAUUGGGGAUGUGGGAGCCACGGCUCUGGCACAGGUUAGUUAGAUAUGGGAUGUGGGAGCCACAGCCCUGGCGCAGGUUAGUUAGAUAUGGGAUGUGGGAGCCACGGCCCUGGCUUGGGUUAGUUAGAUAUGGGAUGUGGGAGCCAUGGCCCUUGCACAGUUUAGUUAGAUAUGGGAUGUGGGAGCCAUGUAUCUGGCGCAGGUUAGUUAGAUGUGGUUUGUCAUAGCCAUGUCUCUGGCACAGGUUAGUUAGAUGUGGUUUGUCAUAGCCAUGUCUCUGGCACAGGUUAGUUAGACAUGGUAUGUGGGAGCCAUGUCUCUGGCACAGGUUAGUUAGAUGUGGUUUGUCAUAGCCAUGUCUCUGGCACAGGUUAGUUAGAUGUGGUUUGUCAUAGCCAUGUCUCUGGCACAGGUUAGUUAGAUAUGGUAUGUCAGAGUAAUGUCUCUGCCACAGGUUAGUUAGACAUGGUAGGUGGGAGCUAUGUAUCUCGCGCAGGUUAGUUAGAUGUGGUUUGUCAUAGCCAUGUCUCUGAAACAGGUUAGUUAGAUAUGGUAUGUUGGAGCCCUGUCUCUGAAACAGGUUAGUUAGAUAUGGUAUGUUGGAGCCAUGUCUCUGGCCCAGGUUAGUUAAAAAUGGGAUGCUGUAGGCAUGGCCCAGGCCCAGGGUAGUCAAUUGUCUUUUAAAUUGGAUAACCCUGUACUUGUCUGAAGGGGUGUACUUAACCAAAUUUUGGCCAGAGAAUAGUUUGUAAGAUUUUUCUUGCCCUCUCAACUCAAACAUAAAUUUCAACACUUACUUCAGUUAACAUUUGCAACUUUUCCAAAACUGGUGGAUGUGUUCAAAUAUGAGAGGUUCUAAGAUAGUGGUUCUCAACCUGUGGGUUGUGACCCCUUUGUGGGGGUCAAAUGACCCUUUCACAGGUGUCGCCUAAGUCCAUCGGAAAACACAUAUACUCUACAGUUAUGUAGUAGCAACGAAAAUAAUUUUGUGGUUAAGGGUCGCUACAACUUUAUUAAAGGGUCACGGCAUUCAGAAGGUUGAGACCCACUGUUCUAAAAGAUUGAAUGAAAAUGUUUCCAGGGCCUCAGAAUGAACCGCACCCUUGUGUCUCUUGUCCUGAUGAACAACAACAUUGGAAACAAAGGGGCAGAAAAGCUGGCAGAGGUGAGUACAAAACAUCACUGUGUCUGUAUUGGUGUGUACAAGUGUCUGCAUUAUGUGUCUGUGUCUUUAUAAGUGUGUACAAAUGUCUGCAUUAUGUGUCUGUCUUUUUUAGUGUGUACAGAUGUCUGCAUUAAGUGCCUGUGUCAUUAUUGCUGUGUACAAAUAUCUUCACUAUGUACUAUGAAAUGUAAAUUGAUUCUCCCAGGCUUUGUCCCGAUUCCCUUUGACACAUGAAGAAACAGUGGAGAGGAGAAAACUCAUGUCAGAGAAAAAUAGUUUGGAAGGAAAAUCUGUGAGUUACUCUUCUUUGAUUUUUGUCUGACUCUGUAAUGUUUGGUAUUGAUCUAUAAGAUGCUAAAUUUGAUAAAUGCAGCUUUCACUAUCAAAUAUUAAUGUUCUCUGUUUUAAUCACUGUUCCCAAAGUCACAAAGUGAAGCUCUCAGUUCCUCAAGUCCAUGUUAACUUUUUAAUACAGAAUGCACACUUCACUUUUGUUUUUGUGUGUUAACAUCAAGAAACUCCAUCUCCUUUUUUUUUUUUUUUAAACAUCAAAAUGCUGCAGCCAUUGGAAUAUAUUUCCUCUCAAUAAAAUUGUGUAAUUAUUUGUUUUUCUCUAGUCAACGUCAAUAGCCUCUGCCUCUUUAGAAGAGGUAAAUAAGAGUUGAAUUUUUUUUUUUUUUAAUAUUUCAUUGGAUUCAAAGUGCUCAUGUUUUUUUUUUAAUUUAAUGACUUUACGUUUUCACUUCAUAUUAUUGAUAAAAUACAUCAGAACUGCUCAAAUAAAAUGUGAAAUUAUUAACCGCUGAUGGAAGAGAAAUAAGAAAAAAAAAACUGUGAGAUAUCUUAAGAGAAAUAUAAAUCACACAUCCGUCCUACACUUCCUGUUACAAAAGCUUCUCUGCAACCACUCCUCAUCUAAAAGUGAAUUAAGAGAAGAAAAAAUAUCUUUGCUAAGCUGAGUGGCUCUGGUGUUCAUAUUUUCAUAUGCUAAAAUUUUGAAUUCAUUUUUGUUGAUUUUAAUUUUUGAAACCAUUUCUGUGAGCAUAUUUCACAAAAGAAUCACAAUGAGAUCAAUAUUGAGGAGUUCUCCAGUGGUGAUAUUUCAUUAAUUGUAUGAACUUGUUGCCAUUGUACAUGACAUCAACUUUAUAAAUUAUGGCUAAUUAUAAUUAGGCCAAACUAAUUUAAGAUAUUCAUCAAGAAAAAACUUAUUUGAACUUUCCUUAAAUACUUAACAUUUUUAUUUAAAAAAUAUUAAUCUGCAGUGUGAAUUAAAAUUUAAAGAACUGGCUCAUUAAAUUAGGUCUUCAAACAUUUUUAACACAAGUCAUAGAAUAAAUGAGAGACUUCACCACUGCAACCUCGUGUAGCCAAUGGAAAAAUAACCUCUGACCUUUAGCCCUUCACCUGCCUCCCCAUUUUUGUAUCAGCCAACUCCAAGCCGUAGGGCAGAGUCCAAAGACAGGCCCGGCAGUGUUCGCAGCAACACGACCCAGGAUAAAACCAAACAGAAGCCGUCUGCCAAAAAGAAAGUGAGAAUAUUACACACAAGGUUUGAGAAGAUAAAAUUAUAAUACUGAAUUGAAAACAAUUAACUUUUCAUUAGAAGAGUUUAGAUUGUCCAAUUCAAGUAAAUAAGGGCAGGAAAGUCCUUGAACUGGUCAUUACAUAAUAAUUUUAAUAACAGCCCCUCUUCACAGUAACAAAUCAAAUAUUUAAUAUACAAUCCUUCUUCCUUACAUCAGCUUAGGGUGAAUGGACUUAACUUCAGUUUACUAGGAUACAAAUAAAAUUUGUAAUAUGAUUAUUUUAUGCAGAUAAUGAUUAUUUAUGCAGAUAACGGAACUUUCUGUAAGAACCAGUAUUUAAAAAUUAUUGUUUCCUUUCUUCUUACAAGUUGGGUUUACAAUUUUUAUUUCGACAUUUCAUCAAAUAAAACCUACUCAUUUUGAGUUUUCAUUUUGGAAUAAUUUUUUUCCCAUAACAAUGUUCUAGUUACUAUACUCUAAUUAACAUUAAUUUAUUCUAAUUAAUAAAUUAGAUGAUAAAAUAAUUGGGGGGAUUUUUUGUAAAAGAGUUUUAAGGUGAAAACUACAUUUUUUAAAUUAAUUAUUUGAAUGAAUUCUCACUCAAUAAAUUAAAGGAAUGUUUCAUUAAUGAGAUAAUUAAAAUGUGAAUAUUUCAUGAUUAAGACAGUUUCAUUAAUUUGAUUAUUAAUCAGUGAAUAUUUCCAGAUAAGGCCUGUUUCAUUAAUUAAUGUGACAAUAAAUUAGUGGAUAUAUCAUUAUUAGGAUACAAAGAGAGACUCCAAAGAAGAGAGUAAGACUGUGAAGAAAGAUAAGGAAGAGACAAAGGAUGGCAGGGGUUCUAAAUCUAAAGGUAUCUAGCAACAAUUUACAUUGACCUUAUAGGCUAUAUAAAGUCUCAUGCUUUGAUUUCUUUAUAUGAUGAGGCAUAUAUAAAUAAUCCAGUAAUCUUCCGUGGCUGUGGAUAACAUACUAGAUAUCUUUUGUCAAUCUAUUUAAAAAUGUAAAAUAAGAUUUUUAGGUGACCACUGGACUGUCAUCAAGUUGGCCUAGAUUUUUUUUUUUAAAAAAGGUUGUGGGGCACACAAAAAAAGGUUGGAUGGGGUGAGAAUGUGGUGAGGUUAUGUUGGGAGUAGAUAUAUGGUUAAGUGAUGGUGGAUUAUGAAACAUUUUGUUGGUGUGGAUUACAUGUGGGUUUGGUGAUAAUGGAUUAUGUUACAUUUUGUUGGUAUGGAUUACAUGUGGGUUUGGUGAUGAUGGAUUAUGUUACAUUUUUUUGGUGUGGAUUACAUGUGGGUUUGGUGAUGGUGGAUUAUGAAACAUUUUGUUGGUGUGGAUUACAUGUGGGUUUGGUGAGGAUGGAUUAUGUUACAUUUUGUUGGUGUGGAUUACAUGUUGGUUUGGUGAUGGUGGAUUAUGAAACAUUUUGUUGGUGGGGAUUACAUGUGGGUUUGGUGAGGAUGGAUUAUGUUACGUUUUGUUGGUGUGGAUUACAUAUGGGUUUGGUGAUGAUGGAUUAUGUCCAGGUUAUUUGGGAGAGUUGUGGUGAGACCUCUAAACAAAAUAUUUUAAAGCUGAAAGCAAGAUUUAAAGUUCUAAUAAAUGUUUUAUUUUUUUAAUUAAAUGAAGCAGCUGGUAAGUAGCUCCAAGACAAUCUUUUUAAAAUUUAAUUGAUGGCAACAGCUUUCAGUUGCGUUGAGUACUAAUUUUGAUUGUGUGUGUCUGUGUGCAUAAUGACCCCCAUCCUUCUUCCCGUAAUCUCAACCAAUGGACUAACCCAAAUGGAGAUAUUUUAAUUUGAUCAAUCUUUUAAACAGCACUGUACGUAAUUAUUCAACAUCAUCAUGCUUUUAAAGAUCUUAAUUUUUUUUCAAGUAACUCUCUCUGGAUAAGUUUAAUUGAACAUGAUUUAUUCCUUUUGAUCAGCAUAUUUAUUGUAUUCCCUUGUAGGCACAAGUGUCUAAAAUUCAACUGAAUUUGUGCUUUACACCUCCAUGCUUGUAAAAACUGAACACUGCCUAUUCAAAGUCUUGAUUUAGUCAGCUUAGAUUUUAUUCAAGAAAUUGAGACAACUUGUAACAGUUCUGUCGCUUGUUCUUUCUCUCUUUCUAUUUUAUUCUUUCUGUCUUCUUGAACUUCUUGUUUGUUCUUUUUUUCCUCUUUCUGCUUCAUUCUUGUUAACUAUCGAUUUCCAUCUGAAUUUUACUUAUUUCAAUACAUGGAGUCAGAAGAAUCCAAUUAAGUACCCACUUUAAUAACUUUUGCUCUGUCUUCUUUGAAUAACACAGAUACCUUAGUUCACAAAAAUAUAUCUUUUUUUUUCCUUUAAAUUAGCAAUGUGGGGUAAAUAUCAGUGUGUUAAAAUAUAAUGAUAUAAAUUAUUGAUGAUUUUGGGGUGAAAACACAGAAUUUGAGAAUGCAUUGCAGUGAACAACUAACAUGUCUAUAACUGUGUCAACUGUAUUUCAUAUUUAAAGAAAUAAAAGUCUUAGCACAUAACCAAAUUCUAUGUUCAGGAAUAGUUUAGUAAGACUUUUUUAUCAACUGAUUGAACGCUUGUAUAUACUGAAUUUACACUCUAAUGAAAAUUAGAUUAAUCUGAUUUUCUUGAACGAGACGUGAUUUUAUGUGAUGUUACUUGAUUUUACGUGAUGUUAUGUGAUAUGCUCAGUGAGUUCCAUCCAUCUGUUUGUGUCAAGGACUCAUGUGUUAUUUUCACACCCUAGUGAUUAUGACACACAGGAAUAAGGUAACUUAUCACUGUAUGCAAAUGUUUGAAAGGAGUGCCAUACUGUUUAAUAUCAUUAAAUAUGCUGGUGGGUUUUCUUGUGAAGAAUGUAUUUUAAAAUACAAACACAACUUUUACAUUAAUUAUCUUUUUUUUUUUUUUUAAUUUAAAAAUAGCUCUUUGGGGUAAAGUUCUUAAAUAAUUCUGCUUAUUUUCUCCAAAAGCCGCCGAUAAAAUGUCCAUCUGCUAAUAGCUAUUAUCACAGGUCAAUCCUCUUACAGCCUUUAUGACAGUUCAACAUUUAAAGAUUUAGAUUUUGCUUGAUUUAAGUAUUUAAUUUAAGGCCUUCCUGGGAAUAAAGUUGAUCUCAUAAAUAGGUUGUGUCUUGUCACACAAUUCUUUCAAUUCUUCCUACUAUCACAUUUAUUAAACUUUUGAAUAGAGUUAAAAUAAUGGUGGAAGACCCUAUCAACUUUCAUUUGGUUUCUUGAUUAUCUAAAGGUUUAAGAGGAUCUCAAUAGGGGGAUAUAACCAAGUACAAAGUAUAACAAGUUUUUCUAGAAUUAUUCUCCUGCUUUUGCUUAAAAUCAAAUUUAAAAUGGCUUUCACCCCCAAACAGACCACUAUAAUACAUGUGCAUAUUUCCCCUUAUUUCCAAAGCUUUAGUUAAAAAGACCCAAUUUAAUUUUAUAUGUGUGUGUGUUUGUUAGUCAUAGCAUAAUUUGACCAUGUGUCUAUCUGUCAUUGCAUUGCCUGACAAUUUGUCUGAAAUGGCAUUAUUUGACUGAUAAACCUGGAAGCUCUUUAAACCAAUAUUUGAAAUAAACAGUUGAUUUGAUUGUUGAAAUAAAAGUAUUGAAAUAGAGGAAACGUUUGGACUAAAUUACCAUGUAUUUUAAUUCAUUAUUUCAAAGAUCUGUUAGUCAUAAGCUCCAUUCAGCUAGUCCAAUCUGCUCUGUCUCUUCCAUCACUAAUAUUAAUAUAAUUCCAUCUUAUAUUCUCACAUGCGUUUGAAAUUAAUUGUUUUCUCUUACUUACCUGUGUUUUUUUUUCCAAUUAAAAUCCAAAUAUUGUUUUGCUGUAUCAAGCAGAUCCCCGGGGAAGCAGAGGAGGUCACUCAAAGUUUUUAAUUUGUUUAUUUUCUUCUACAAAUAGCACUACUAAUUUCUUGCCUAUAAAGUCUGACCGCUACAAGCAUUCACUGUGACCUGGUGUGAUGCUGGAAGGUUCAUUUUACUCAUUAACAGAAUGAGUUUAAUUUGAUAAAGGCUUUCUGGGAUACAAUUUUCAUUUACAUCUAACAUAAAUAUGUGUAAAUCCUUUCAGUUUUUCAUUAGGUCACAGAUCUUCUGUCUCUUCUUAACACAAACCUAUUCUAGUAUUAUUGAUGUAUCUAGACAUCUGCAAGUUUUCUUGAUAUAACUAGACAUCUGCUAGUUUUCUUGAUGUAACUAGACAUCUGCAAGUUUUCUUCAUAUAACUAGACAUCUGCAAGUUUUUUUUUGAUAUAACUAGACAUCUGCUAGUUUUCUUGAUAUAACUAGACAUCUGCUAGUUUUCUUGAUGUCACUUGACAUCUACUAGCUUUUUCAAUGUCAAUAGACACUUGCUAGUUUUCUUAAAUGUCACCAGACAUCAGUUAGCUUUCUUGAUAUUACUAAAAUAUAAUUUUAGGAUCUUCAUUAAACUACCGGAAACUAUUGCCACUCCUCUUUAUUUUUUUAUUAUUGAACAAGCUAAACAUAAACUUUCUUGUUUUAUUAGAUGUUGAACCACAUUAAUUGUACAUCAAUAGAAGACUACCAUUACUGGUACUUAAAGAAGUAUGCCAAUAUUUAGAGUGAUAGAAAACUAUCAAUAUUUAUAGGUCUGCCAAUACUUAUAGUGACAGAAGUCUUCCAAUAUAAGAAACUAAUACUUAUUAUUUAAAUUUCUUUACCUUGAUUGAGUUGGAAGGGGGUGGGGGGUUGUAUUUAUUACUAUUUUAAAAUUUCCUUACAAAAUUUUUGGGCCUACAUACCUCAAUAAAUAAAUUUUCCCUAAAAGUAUUUAUAAAUGAUUUUGACCAUGCUUAUCCAGAAUGUUUAAUAAUUGAAGCUUUAACCACAGUGUAAACUGCAAGGAGCAAAACUGCACAAUAAAUGAUUGGAUUUAAACUGUGUAGCUAGUUGAUGAUAAUGAUAAACAUACCGGUACCUAAAAUUAAAAAUGUAUACAUUUUUCUACUUUCCCAUUUUGAAAUCAGAUGAUACCAAGUAUUUAUUAUUAAGUCCUUUUAAUGUUUAAUUUUAAAGACACAGCAUGAUAAUUUCUUUUAGUUUUUAGGAAAAUAAUUCACCCAGCUUUUCAACUGCUUGCUUUUAAUUUUUUUUAUAAAAAUAUUUGGAACAUUCAUUGCUUGCCCCUUAAUUACUCAGCAAUGUCUACGUAUCAUCUGAUUACAAAAGUCUACUUAUCAAAGAAUAUUUGCUUAACCAUACAAAAAAAUAUAAAAAUUCAAAUGUUCAAAUUCAAAAAUUUCAAAUUGAAAAUAUUUAUAAAAUAACAAAAGGCUUUAUAUUUAUAAAAAUUAUAAUAAACAACAUAUGACACUUACAUGAUGGCCCUAUUGGAAAGUCUUGGCCAUUAACACCUGUUUACGUAGUGUUAUAAAAAUCACAUCAAAUAAGCUGAUGUAUUGAAACCCAGUGUAUCCUAAUGAAAUAUUUUGUUAUUAUUAAUAGAAGUGCUUGCUAAUUUACUGUCCACUGCAUUACACAAAUAUUAUCUUGCAACCAUAUACAUCCCGUAUGAUACCAAUCUUCAUUACCAGCCAAUCAAAAUGCAGCUUCUGGCCGCAUGUCAAGCGGUGAGUGGGCACAGAUAAGCAUGGCAUCAAGUAGAAUUUACUCAUUACUUUCAUUGUAUCAACUAAAUCCCCUCUUUUAAAAUAAGUUUUUAAAAUAAUAUUAUACUCUUAUUAUUUUCCUAUUUUUUUAUUCACUUUACAAAAUGUGCACAAUUUUCUAUUGUUAUAUUUAGCCAGCUUUCUCAUGGCACAAAUAGAUUGCUUUGCCUUUUGCACUUUAUGAACAAUCUGAUUACUUCAUGUAUAAUUUAGCAGAACAACUAUUUUAAUUGUAAAUUUGAACAUUUUUAUUUGUACAAUCUCUAUUAUAGUUAUUUGUUUGUAAAUCCUAAAAAGAUGUAACAAAGCUUUUCUCAACUUUUACAUAGAAAUCCCAAAACAUGAUUUACUUUUUUUUUUUGCACUAAACUAUAAACAGAUAAUGUUCACAUACUGGUAUAUUUUAUCAAAUUUUUUUUAUUUUUAUAAUUUUUAUUUUAUAUUUAUAUACCUGUAUGUAAAUAGCAUGUUGCUACAAAGAUUUUUAAAAUCUAUAAUUUUGUUCAGAAUAAUCAGGAUGUUACUUUCCUUUGAAAGUUUUAGUUUGAACAUUAAAAUAUACUAAUAAUACUAAUAAUAAUAAUACUAAUACUAAUAACACUACUGAUACUAAUCAUCUCUUUUAACCAUAAGAAAAAUAAAUGUAAAAUUAUGUAAAUUACCCAUUACCAUUUAUUCUUUAAUCUACUUCUUCCCAGAUUUAAAAAAAAUUAUUUUUGUUGUUAAAUAAGGAAUGCUAUCCCUAAAUCUUUUUUUUUUUUUACAAAUUAUUUUUAAAAGUCAUCAGUUAAAUAACAAUAACAUUUGCUUUUGUGAGAGUCAAAUUUAAUCUUUAAAUGUUUUCAUCUUCAGAAUAGCAGCUAAAAAUAUUUAGUCAGUUAAAAAACUUUUGAUUUUAAGACUUAUUUUAUUAGGGAAUUUAAUUUAGUGUGACAAAUAUAUCUUGUCAAUUUACUGAAAGUAUAAAUUGAACAGUUAUUAUUUAAUCACCUCAAAAAUUAAAUCAAACUCUCAUCAGAUCAAAAAUUGUUCAUCAAAAUGAAAAAACACUGAUUUUUCUACUUAUUCUAAUUAUUGCACGAGAUUACCUACAUACAAUUGCCUACAUAACAUUACCCUACAUGUGCAGGAUAUUACCUGGAGGUAUGCAUGCAUUGCAUAAGCAUUAAUUAUAUUACCUGCGGGUACCAUUAUGCAUGUUUUGCUGAUGUGUACAUUACCACCAAUUUAAAAUAUAUAAUAAAAACCUUUGCCAACUUUCAAAGUGUUCUCAAGGGCAACAAGUAUGCAGUUUAAUAUUUUUUUUGUAAAUUUAUUCAUUUUUUAAAUAUUUUUUUUUAAAUAAACAUUUAUUUAGAAUUUCUUUAAAAAUAAAAUGAAAAUAUAUAUCAAGCUUUGAAAAGACAUUGAUUAUAUCCAUCGGUGUGGUAGGUAUAUAAAUAUGAUAAAUAAUGCGCAUUGAAAAUACUUUUCUUUUUAAAUAGAGCAAUCAGUAAAUAGUUUCCCUUAUUUUGCAUACUGAAGAAUCCCAAUGUAGUUCAAAAGUUUUAAAAAAUAAAAUGAAAUAAAAACUUGAUCUCCCUUCUCUUGCUCAUUUAUCCUCAAGGCACUGUGGUUUUCAAAGCAGCUAUAAAAUUGGUUGCCAGUGGUAAAAUAUUUAACCCCUGUCCAGCAUGUUGAAAUGUGCCUAGUAUGAUGAUAGGCUGUUAGAGCGUCCAGUGUCUGUGCCUGUCUAACAUAGCAAACAUGGGAACCUGCAUGAUUGUCAUAUUUAAUCAUUAUAUAUAUACUUGAACACUGUUUGGACCACCACAGUCAAAUAUAGCGCACGUAAAAAGAAACAUUAUUAAAACAUGUAUAUAACUUACAACACCUUCACUAAAAAACAAAGAGUAUAUAACAAUUUCAAUAAAAAGAGAACUGACAACACCUUUACUUAAAACAUAAAGCAUAUAAACAUCAUUUCUAAUUAUACUAAAACAGGUAGUCGUAUAGUAUGUGCACCGCCUUUACUAAAGAUUUAGAGUGUAUAAAUACUUUUACUAAACAAAAGGCACAUAAAUCACCUUUCCUAAAAUAUGGAGCACAACGAACACAUUUUAAUAAAAACAUAAUGAUCCCCGUGUGAGAUAUUUAAAUCAUUGAUUGGACAUUUGUGUUUUGGGUUGACCCGUUGCUUGUAGUUAAUUCUUCUCACUACCUAGUUUUGGUAUUGUUAUUUUUUUCCAUGGCAAUGUCAAUCAACCACUUGUCUUUUUUUUUUAAUAGUUGGCAUUUAAAUAAGAUAAGAUACGAUUCUUUGUUGAUCCAAAUAAAUGGAAACGUUUUAUUAUUACAUUGUACCUAUUCAUUUUCAGUACAUAAAUAAAUACCGGUACAUAUUUAAAUCUAGGCAACAUUUUACAAUUAUAACAGUUUAAGACAUCUAAAUCCUUUUUGAAAACACACUCAGUUGAUUUUCAAGUGCAUUUAACUAUAAGAUCACAUUAUUUCCAUGGAAGCACAUGUCCUAUAAUUUAUAGUGUUGUUGUGUUGUGCCCUGUACUAAACUAUUCAUAGUAAAAUUAUUCCUUUAAUUUUAGAGUUACUCCCGGUAUUGUAUUUUAAAAAAAACAUCAGUCAAUGAGAUGGACCUGCAAUAUCUAACAUCCUUUUUUUUUAAAUUUCUCCUGUUUAUAAACCUCACCUGCCACUGUUAGCAAAUGUCUUUUCUUAGAAUGCUUACAUAAAAUUUUUUUAGCCUUUUUCAUAUUAGCAUAUCAUAUUCUUUAAAUGAUGUGUUUAAUUCUGUAAAAACAAAUGCAAAACAAAAAAAAACUAGAUCUAAGCUUAAAAAUUCCUUCCAAAAUUUCUUUAAAUAUUUUUUCAUCUCCUUUGAUGUAUGUUUUGUUCUUUUGCUACCAGUAAUAACUUAAUUGAUUCAUUUCAUUUUAAAAUUUAUCUUUUUUACAAAUAUAAUUAAUGUGCUUCUAAAAAUUCCCAGCAAAAAUUUAGAAAUACUGAAUGAAAAAGUCAAACAAAGCCAAAUUAUAUAUUAGAUUAUUUACAUUAAGAUUAAAAUCGAUUAGAGUUAGAGCAAAGCAUUAUGGUAUAGACUUAACUAUUCUUUUAAAGGAUGUAUGCAAGAGCUUAAAAUUUAUAAAACUAAAAAUAUUAUUUGAUCACAUAUUUUAUUUGUAUCCAAAUAAAUAAUUUUUAAAUAAUAUAUGUUGGAAAUUAGACGAAGUAAAGAAAUGAAAGAUGUUUAAUUAAUUUUUUGACAGUUUUUCUUUAAAAAGCCGGUACAUAACUUAGAUGCAGCAAGACCAAAAACAUUCCCAGUAAUAAAAUAACUCAUACUGGGUACUUUAUUAAAAUAUUAUUUUUAAAAGAAAUGAAAUGAAAAAUUGCUUACUAAAACUAACUUCUAAUAUCUUCUACUGAACUGAAGUACAAAAGCUAUUGCUUAAUUCCUUGUGUUUUGUUUAUGUUCAGCCACAGCAACAGAGGUGGCCAAGGCAGUAAACAAGACUAAAGACAAGAAGAAUACCAAGGGUCGGGCUACAGUCACAGAGAAUGAGGUACUGUAGUUCAUUCAAGUAUGGAAUAAUAAAAUUUUGUCUGUACAUAAUCAUAAAAGUAGCCAUGCUAGCAAUCAAAGUGAAAGUGAAUCAAGUAUUGUCUCUUUAGGGCUUUUGAUUUUACAUAUAAGAAGGUCUGGGAUUUUUUUAUUGCUGCCUAAAUUGGUAACUAAUUUAUUUACCCAAUUCAAGAAUUCUGAUUUCAAAUGGUUAUAUCUUGUUUAUAUGAUGAUUAACAUUUAUGCUUUGUGAGAGUUAGUAGAUUGUAUCCGUAAUCUGCCCCUUUAGAUACUGCAUAACAAAAUGUUAUUAUUUUAUUUACUACAGUUUUCUUUGAGCACCACAGUACUACAGUAUUCUUAUCUAGAUUAUUUUGAUUGAAAAUUACUUUUGAACUUAUUUCCCGCAUAAUAAAAGGUUUUCUUUUCUUCAAAGGGUUAAACUCUAACUUGAUUUCUGUGGGGCAAUCAUUUAACAAAAUACAGUUAAAUUAAGGUCAUGAAUUUUUAAUAUUAAUGCUUAUAUUUAUUUUCUCACUGUGGCUCAGGACUUUGAAAACUUGGUGAGAGUUUUGUCGUUUUAAAUUCAAAGUUUUCAAUUCAGUUCACUUGGAAUUUAGGGGAAAUAAUCUCUUUUUUUUUUGUACUGUAUGUUUUAUAAUCAAUUCCAGGGGUUAGCAAACUCCGGCACAUGGGCCAGAUCUGGUCCUGCACCACUUUUAUUACAACCAGUGAGCUAAGCUGUGGAUUUUACUUUUCACAAUUUUACAAUGUCAACACAAGAUAGUUAAUUUUUGUACCAUCUGCUUCUAAUGAUUGUCUCCCUUAUUCAAGCUAAAUUCAUUAUUGAUAAGGAGUGCAACAUAAGUAAACAUUUCAUACCCGCUUACAACGAUGUGACAUGAGUAGACAUGUCUUACCACAUUACACUGAUGUGACAUGAGUAGACAUGCCCAACCAGCUUACAUCCAUGAGCCAUAAAUAGACAUGUCAUACCACAUUACACCAAUGUGACAUAAAUAGACAUGUCAUACCACCUUUCACCGAUGUGACAUGAGUAGACUAGACAUACCUUAUUACACCCAUGCAACAUGAGUAGACAUGCCCAACCAUCUUACAUCCAUGUGACUUAAGUAGACAAUCAUGUUACCACCUUACACUUAUUAUUUUAUGUAGGUACUCAGCACCCAUAACACCUCAAAUACUUUUUUGGCAUACAAAAACAGAGUUUGCUGACCCAUGCUUUCUACUAAUAUAAUAACAUGAAAUGAAUUGAAAUUGAUUGUGCAUUAUAUCCCCCCCCCCCCAAGCCACCACCACCCUUUUCCACAAACACAUAUUUGAUAUUUCCAAUGUCCCUAAAGAAAGGAAAUAUUUUAUAAGAUAUUUUUUAUAGUCUGGAAAUUUUUUAUUUUAUUAAAUUAUUUUAUUUUCAUUAUUUAUUGCUUGACACUCUAACUGAAGGUCAGCAAAAAUUUGGUAGACUCAGACCAGCAGUCACCUAACUUUUGGACCUCAUGGACCAUUAAUUUCUUAAUUUUAAAUCCCACACACCACUAAUAUGAAGUUUUUAAAAAGAUAAAUACACUUGUAAAAUAAUAAUAAUAAUAAUAAUAAUUAUGAGAACUUUCAAUUUGUUAAAAUGAAAUGCACCUAUUUAAUAUUUUAAAAGUUAUAAGCGCUUAUUUAAUCAUAACAAAACUUUAAAGGUUGUUUAAUUGUAACAAAAUCAUCAAAGUAGUUUUUUAAAACAAUUAAAGCUUAUAUAAGUAUUGCAAAUUAUUAGUGUGAUAUUUGUUCCUGCUUGUUUGAUUUAUGGCUCCAGUGACGUUACUGAAGGAUGGAGAGCCAUAUUUAUUGCAAGAUGAGACCAGUACCAAAUUGUAGGUACCCAACCGGGUACUAUGACUGAUGAAAAUGUCUUUUCCCAAAACUAUUUUGUUGAAAAUUAAAUCAACAUUGUCUUUGCUUUUUCACUCAGCAAUGGGGGUUUACUUUUUAUGGAAAACCAAAAACGGAGUCUUGAUAACGAUGACUGGAAUUCAGCUUUGAGUCUGUCGUCGGAUGAUAGAUCGAUGAAUCUUUCUUUUUCAUUCUUACGUAAAUUGCUAUGGUCAGUGUUUGCUGCAAAAGUAUCUCAUAACCACAUAUUGCAAUGUCUGUACCUUCUUUCUUUGGGUAAUAUUAUAAUAACAACCAACAGAUAAUGUGAAUGAUUUUAACUGGUGUUGAACAAUGGUUACCACCUGCCAGUUGGCAUCCUUCUCUCUCAUAUAUUCACCAACAUUUAAAAUUAAAAUCAUUUGCAGAUCUUCUUCAUCCAGUUGCGUUUGCCACAGUAAUAUUUUCUUUUGAAAAAUUUCCAUUUUACCUCAUAGUGUGGUUACAUCUUUAAGUUGUCCUUGCAUAACAUACUGGUGCCGUAAAUGACAAAAGAUGCUUGCUGUUAAGUACUUUUUUUUAUCUCUUACAAUCAGUUUAAUGGUUGUUGUAUUAAAACAAAAAGACAGUAUUUUAAUUUAAAAUUUCUUUUAAUAAUUAAAUAAGUUUCUAAUUUUUUCAAAAUUUAACUAUGAAACAAACAAAAAAAAAACUUUUCCAUUUGCGUUGAAUUUACUGCAUCAAAAUAAGAGAUUACCAGUACCAUAAAAGUGUAAAAGCUAAAAAAAAAUUGUCAUUCAGAAUAUAAAAAUUCUUAGAUAGAAUAUUAUUUUUUAAAUUAUUAAUAAAAUAUAAAAGAUGUAAAUAAGGUCCAGAUUUUUCUGCGGAGCACCAAAAUUUUUCUCGCAGACCACCUGUUGGCGUAUGGUGGCUCAGACAGUUCUAAACAAUGACCAGGUAUAAAUAAGUUCUAAACAAUGGAAAAUCCUAAAAGACAGACAGUUCCAGUUAAUUUUAUUACAUAUUUAGUGAUAGUGGAUUGCCAAAGAUCAUCUUAAAACAGAUUUCAAAUUUUGACAAGUUUAAACUAUAACUAUAACUAAACUAAGAUCAGCCGACAGGUUAAGCUUUGAAAAUAAAAAUGUAAAAAUUAUUGUGGCCCUGAGAUAAUAUGCACACAUGAAAUAUCUUGUGUUGACAGAAUGCAAACAUCUGUUCACCAUUCAUUGAGUAGUGCUGCACCACAGUUUAAUCAUUCAAUGUGGGUUUUCUUAUUUUGGUUCCUGUUUGUCACAAUUGUAUGUGUAGGUCUACUAAUUAUCUAACCACUAAUAAUCCAAACCACUCUGAUCUAUUUCACUGAUCUAGUUAAAUACUUAUCAGAUAACUGAUGUAAGAAAUAUGUAUUUCAUUUUGCCAUCUGAUGCAUCCACUUCAUAAAUGAUCAAUGUUCAAGUCUUCUCAUCGCUUUAAAUAUAAGUUUUAAAUUGUUCCUAGCAUGAAAUGUUCCCUGUGUUAUAAAUAUAACAAUGUUCAAACUAUUCAUCUAUUUGGUAACAUCAUGAGAAGUAAUAACUUAUGACAGUCUAAAUUUAUGAAAUCAAAAUUAUUUAUUUGUAUACCGGUAACUUGUUUGUGACACACUGAUAUUCAUACACUUGCUGUGCAUACUUUUUAACUUAUGUUUUACCUUUAAUGUCACAGAUUUAAAUAUUAUGAUGAGAAUUAUAGCUGUGAGAUUUAUGCAGAUCAUCCGAUGACAUGUCAUAAACUAGUUAUUUUGGUUGCUCGUCAAUAUUUCUAAAUGCAUAUUGUUAGUCUUUUGUUAGUAUUUUAUUACGGUAUUAGUUUUAUUUUAUUAAUUUUUAAAUUCUUACUUCAAGCGAUGAAACGUACCCUAUCCAAUUGAAUUUUAAAAUUUGGAAAUUAAAUUUAUCUCAAGGAGAGGAUGGGUUUUUUGGUGGUUUUUUUUUUCCUCUUUUAAUUUGAUACUAGGGCAGACAUUUUUUAACUUUAACAUUUAUUUUUUAUCAUGGUAGAACUUGAUAGGAAUUCAUUUAAUAUUUAAGCAAAUUUUUAAAAAAAAUUUGUGCCCAAAUAGGGAUAAUAUUUUGAAGAUUAAAUUUACUGAUUUUUUAAAUAUUUGUCAUAUAAAAUUUCUUGGGAUUUUGAUAUCACUGAUCACCUCUCCACAAGAAGUUACAUACCAUACAACAUACACAUAUUUUUACCACAACAAAAAUGACUGUAGUUCUUUUUUUUCUUUUUUUUACAAAGAAAUUAAAUGACAAUUUCAUUUUCAUAAGUAAAUCAUCAUUUUUGUUUGAAAAUACAGUGCAGCUUGACUUCAGUAUUUAUUGUAAGACUACGGUAUUUUUUUGCCUUACUUACUUUAGCAUCUCAUACACAGCCAGAUGUUUAACUUAGAUUAAGAUUGGACCGAUUCCACAGACUUUUACAGCAACAACUUUUUUCAUUUAGAAUGCUGAUGCCAGUGAUUUGUUGAAUCCAUUGAUGUCAGAAACAGCUGAUUUCAUGGAUGGACAGUUGUGGAUACCAGGCAAUCGAAUCCUUGUCAGCCUUAAUUUGUCUAGUAAGUUAGCAGUAACAAUGGUGGAUAUGGAUAGUAAAGGCCUAGAAAUUAGUAGCGAGUGGUAAACUUAACACUGUAUGUUAUAACUUGAUUAGCUGAUGGGUAAAUUGACCCACACAAAGUUGAUGCAUGUGAGUCGAGUUGACUCCUGUGUGUUCAGUUGAUCCAUAUGUGUUCAGUUGAUCCAUGUCUGUUAAGAUGAUCCAUGUGUAUUGAGUUGAUCCAUUUGUAUUCAGUUGAUCCCUGUGAGUUAAGUUGAUCCAAAUGUGUUCAGUUGAUACACAUGUGUUGAUUUGAUUUUGUUCCAUGUUUGUUAAACUUACUAAAUUAUUUAGUUCAGAAGUUUUUAUAAAAUUCCUACACAAUGUUUUGCCUGGUUUAUGAUGAUUCACCUGGUUUAUGAUGAUUCACCUGGUUUAUGAUGAUUCAUCUUGUUUAUUAUGAUGAUUCACCUGGUUUAUUAUGAUGAUUCAUCUGGUUUAUUAUGAUUCACCUGGUUUAUUAUGUUGAUUCAUCUGGUUUAAGAUGACUCACCUGGUUUAUGAUGAUUCAACCUGUUUGUUGAAUUACCUGGUUUAUGAUGAAGAUUCAUCUGGUUUAUGAUGAUUCACCUGGUUGAUGUUGAUUCGCCUGGUUUAUGAUGAUGAUUCACCUGGUUUAUGAUGAUUCACCUGGUCAAUGUUGAUUCACCUGGUUUAUGAUGAUUCACCUGGUUUAUGAUGAUUCACCUGGUCUAUGUUGAUUCACCUGGUUUAUGAUGAUUCACCUGGUCUAUGAUGAUGAUUCACCUGGUUUAUGAUGAUUCACCUGGUUUAUAAUGAUUCACCAAACCUGUUUCAAUGAAGUAUGAUUUGCCAGUCAAGUGUCUUCAGUUCCAUACUUUCCCACAUGGUUUAGCUUUCCUUAGUUUAUCUAGCAUAAAAUUGUAGGUUAGUUUUGCCAUAAAUCAUCUAUAAUGUUCUUAUGAUUAUUGCUAUUUAUUUUAAAGUCUAAUAAUGAGAAUGAGAUGCAAAAGGAAGAGGGGAAAAAAAGAGUGACCUUAGAAAAAAUAUGCUGAUCCUAGAAUAUCACAUUGUGCCUGGAACUGGAAUAUGUUGUGCCUGGAAAAUGUUGUGUAUGGAAUAUGUUGUGCAUGGAAUAUGUUGUGCCUGGAAGAUGUUGUGUAUGGAAUAUGUUGUGCCUGGAAUAUGUUGUGCCUUGAAUAAAUUGUGUCUGGAAUGUGCUGCGCCUGUAAUAUUUUGGGCAUGGAAUGAUUUAAACAUUAUGUUUUAUUUUCCGCCAGGAAAUACAAUUGGAGAAGAAGGUGUGGCGUCACUAUUGAAAGCUAUACAGUACCAGACAACCCUGAGUGCAGAUGACCAUAGACAAGGAGGGACUGGCCUAAUGAGACUUUUACUUCUUGUAAGUUCUGCCCACAAUCUGGUUUUGACAGAGUAGAGUAUCUGAUGUUGAGAGAGUGGUUCCAUGUUCAGCUGAUGUUUUACACUUACAGAUGGGACUGAUGCUGUCAAAAGGGGCUGAUGUUGACAAAUGGGACUGAUGUUGACAAGUGGGACUGAUUUUCACAACUGGGACUGGUGUGACAAUGGGGGCUGAUGAUAUUGACAAGUGGGUUUGAUGUUAACAAAUGGUAGCUGAUGAUAUUGACAAGUGGGUCUGAUGUUAACAAUGGGGACUGAUGUAACAAAUGGUGGCUGAUGAUAUUGACAAGAGAGUCUGAUGUUAACAAUGGGGACUGAUGUUAACAAAUGGUGGCUGAUGUUAACAAAUGGUAGCUGGUGAUAUUGGCAAGUGAGUCUGAUGUUAAAAAUGGGCACUGAUGUUAAACUAAGGGUGGCUGAUGAUAUUGACAAGUGGGUCUAAUGUUAACAAUGGGGACUGAUGUUAACGAAGGGUAGCUGAUGUUAACAAAUGGUGGCUGAUGUUAACAAAUGGUAGCUGAUGAUAUUGACAAGUGGGUCUGAUGUUAACAAAGGGUGGCUGAUGACAUUGACAUUGGGUCUGAUGUUAACAAUGGGGACUGAUGUUAACAAAGGGUGGCUGAUGACAUUGACAAGUGGGUCUGAUGUUAACAAUGGGGACUGAUGUUAACAAAGGGUGGCUGAUGAUAUUGACAAGUGGGUCUGAUGUUAACAAUGGGGACUAAUGUUAACAAAGGGUGGCUGAAUGAUAUUGAAAAGGGUGGCUGAUGAUAUUGACAAGUGGGUCUGAUGUUAACAAUGGGGACUGAUGUUAACAAAGGGUGGGUGAUGAUAUUGACAAGUGGGUCUGAUGUUAACAAUGGGGACUAAUGUUAACAAAGGGUGGCUGAAUGAUAUUGACAUGUGGGUCUGAUGUUAACAAUGGGGACUGAUGUUAACAAAGGGUGGCUGAAUGAUAUUGACAAGUGGGUCUGAUUGUGACAUUACCUCAAGAUGAGGAUAAAUGUUCUCUGCUCUCUAUUUACAGAAUCAACAAAACUGUAACUGACAUGGAGGACAUCUCCAUUUCUCAAUGAUACUUGACUUUAAAGGAAUUUUAAACAUAUUUUUUACAAUGAUGACAUUUAUUUAUAUGCCUAGUGAAUAAAUUAGAAAUAUAAAAUAUCAGUUUUGGAAAUUUGAUUGAUUUCAUUGGAGCGUUAUUUUGUUACCAGUAUACCAGUUUAUGCUGCCAUAUUUUGGCCCGCUAUGUAUACUGUUUACAUUUUAAUACUAGAAGGGGCCAGUUCACUUUUAAUCAAACUUUUCAAGUUUUCCUUUUUUUGUGUGUGUUGCUCUUCUAAUUUCUAGCUUUUCAGCUAGCAUCAUUAUUUUAUCAAAACUUUCCAUAGCUAAGUAUAUGAAAUAAUAACCUACUGCAGCAGCGGUUCUCAACCUGUGGGUCGUGACCCCUUUGGGGGUCGCAAGACCCUUUCACAAAGGUCGCCCAAGACCAUCUGAAAACACAUACACUCUAUAGUUAUAAAAUACCAACAAAAAUAAUUUUGUUGUUUGGGGUCGCCACAACAUGAGGCGCUGUAUUAAAGGGUCGCGGUUUUAGAAAGGUUGAGAACCACUGUACUACAGUCAUAAAUAUUUAACUUAAACUGCAAACUAUCAUGACGGUACCGGUUUCUAAUUUUCUGAAGAAAUUUAUUAAAAAUGUGUUUUUUUGAAUUAUAAUUCUUUUUAGCUGUUCUAUUUUCAGUUUAUUCCAUUUCUUUUUUUGUAGGUAUUUUUCAUUGCUUUUUAAGGUAUGUUCACAUUGUGGCUUUGUUGCAGCCACAAAGCUCAGUUGGGAAGCCAUGUUGACAAUCCACUAUUUGUUGUUGUUUACAAUCUCCAGCUAACAGUAGUGAUGUUACACAUAGGAGACUGCACUGAGCAGGCACAACUAUGCAGAAUUAUUGUCAAUUUAUUCUAGCACAAAAGCAACCAGCAGCUCCAAGUGUCUCUUUAUAAUUAUUUGAAUAAAUUCAGCUUUUUUCUUUCAACUAAGAUUUUACCAAUAACCACCCAUGCAAUUCAAUUGAAAGUUAAAACAUAAUAUUUUAAAAACAUUUAUUCCAUUAUUCUAAACUAGACAUGGUCUAAGUCUAAGAAAUCUCAUGACCUGUAUGGCAACAGCCUAUGUGUAUGGUAACAGCCUACAUGUAUGGCAACAGCCUACAUGUAUGGCAACAGCCAAUGUGUAUGGCAACAGCCUAUGUGUAUGGCAACAGCCUACGUGCAUGGCAACAGCCUAUGUGCAUGGCAACAGCCUACGUAGGCUAUGGCAACAGCCUACGUGUAUGGCAACAGCCUAUGUGUAUGGCAACAGCCUACAUGUAUGGCAACAGCCUACCCGGUUGAGAAUCUCAGAAACAAAGGAGCAGUGUGACCUACAUUUUGAGCUGAUUAUUCAUUAAAUAAGAGGUCAUCAUAAUCAAGUACACACACCUCUUAAGUUGGGUCACUGAUGAGUGUUAAGGUGGAACUCUGUAUCAAUUGUAUAUCGAUGGCUGGAGAUGUACUUAUUCUUAUUGUGGAGUUUUGAAAUGAUAUUCUCACAGAAAUAAUCAUGAUAUUGUCACAUAAGAAAUACAGAUGCCUGAGAUCAAAUUGUGUCACAAAUAAUGACUAAUCUUAAUUUGUUAUUUGACUGAUUGAUUUAUUAUUUGUUUAAAUGAGUGAUUUAGUGAGUGAUUCCUUGACCAAUUCAUUUAUUGACCGAGUAAUUGGUUAGCUGAGUGAUUUAUUGAUAAAUUGACUGACUUAUUGAUUGACCAUGACUGCAUUGAUGUACAGAUUGACUGAGCAGCUAAUUCAUUAGCCGAGUGAUUUAUUGACUGACUUAUUGAUUAACCAAUUUAUUGAUUGCGUGAUUCACUGACUGACUGGUGGAUCGAUUGACUUACAAUUGAUUGAUUGAUUGUUCUACAGAAGAACUCAGUCCCUUCUAACAGUGAAAGUUUGAGAAAGUUGACAGAAAUGAUGCUACAGAAAGAUCCCUGGUACAAACACUCUACAUCAUCAGACAUCGAACGUUAGGACACAUCUCUUGUCACAUGACUCAAGUAAUCUCCCUUUCUUUAUGUUUUAUCUUUUGUCCACACUGUUAAAUUGUUAAUCUGAUGACUACAUUGGCUUACGGGUAUCUGUAUCUAUUCUGAAUUCUAAUUGUCUAUUAUUUAUCCUGAUGCCUAGAUUGUUUUAUCUCAAUAUUUUUUGUACCGGUAAAUUAAUUGAAGCAGUAGAUAUAUUUUAAGUCUUAUUAAAAUUAAACCUUAACAAAAUGUCAUUGUCUAAUGCACGUGAGGCAAACAUGCAGACGUUUUUUUUAACGAAAUUAAAAAUUAUUUAUUUUCCAGUGUUGUUACAAGCCAACAGAUUUACUGAUCAGCUCAAGAGAGUUUGGGGAGGUCCACCAAUUUCGGAAGAUUUGUGAUCAAAGAGUGUCUAAUUUGUAUUACAGAUUUGUGACCAUUUGGGGAGGGGGGGGGGGUGUGUGUGUGUCAAAAUUUGUGUGAAAUAGCACAACAUCAUUUAUUGAUGGCACAUAUUUAGAUGAGCCCAUGUUCUGACCUCAACAAUUGGUAUUAUGGUAUAAAAUAUGAAUCUUAAUUGGCAUAAUAUAUGAAUCUUAAAGGUCAAAUGUUGAAAAGCAAAUUUUAUCAUUUAAUAUACCGGUAAUUUGGAUGCUGUAAGUUGUGCCCGUAACUCUGACCAUGGUAAGCUGGUAAUGGUAUUAGGGAAAUGAAAUCAUCAAAUAUAAUGAGCUGGUAAUGGUAUUAGGGAAAUGAAAUCAUCAAAUAUAAUGAGCUGGUAAUGGUAUUAGGGAAAUGAAAUCAUCAAAUAUAAUGAGCUGGUAAUGGUAUUAGGGAAAUGAAAUCAUCAAAUAUAAUGAGCUUCAUCUUAAAGUUAAAGCUCUAGUUUCCUGUUUCAUAUUUUUUAGGAUUUUUUUUUUUUAACAUCAAAAUCAAAUGCAAGAUUGGAUUAGUAUUUUUUAUAAAGGGGAGGCAAAAAUGAAAUUUCAAUUUCACUAUUUAAUUCAUCAUACUUCUUUGAAGUACCCUUACUGUAAGUGACCAUCCAUAUUUAAAUUUAAAGUACGCAAAAGAAAAGUCUGUUGAAAAUCAUACAUUUUUUGUAAUUGGCCAGCUUUCAAAGUUGAGACAUCUUGCACUGUGAUAUUAAAUUAAUAAUUAAUAAAUCAUAUUCAAAGAAAUAUGUUUCAACUUUUUCAUGUGAAUGUGAGCCAAGACUUUGUGGUCAUCAGAUUUCCAGGUUGUUGUUUAUUACAAAAAUGAUAAUCAUAUUGGUUUGACCCAUUUGUGAAAAUAUUUUAUUUUAAUAUCCUGAUUUUUGUAAAAUUGCAACUUAGCAAAUGAAUGACAUUUCAAAUAACAUUCACAAAGUAUGAUUUUUUUUAAAAAGUAGUUGUUAAGUAUUGGUUACACUACACCGGUACGCCCUUUGCAUGUCUUACAGUACGGUACCACAUGCUGAAUAUUUUCCAAGGAAAAUAAUUUGUUUCCAAAAGUAGAUGAUUUCUGCUUGUCAUUCCAGGUGUGUAUUCAACUAUUGAUGUCAGCACAUUCUUUGUGGGCAUUAAGUAAUUUAUCAAUCUGACCGUGAUGUUGGUGAUCCAUUAUAAAAACAGGUAACAGGUUUAAAACCAAAAUCCUAAAAACAAUUAAUGUUAGGAGAAGAAAAAAACAUGAACUGAACAUCCCUAAUUUUAAGUCCAAUCAUCACUUCAAGCAAGACCUUUUGAUAUCUUAUUUUUUAAAUUUGUACAAUUGCUUUUAAAAAGCUCUUUACCAGUGGUGAGAUUUAAGUUGCACUUAUUUGUUCUUUCCACUCAAAAUAAAAUCAUGAAAUUUUGUGUGAAAUGUGACCGAUUCAUUGCAGUGACCAAAAGACACAAUAUUUUAUGUUGGGGCACCACCAAGUGAAAUAUCCUAAUAAUGUAAUGGCGUCUUAGUGACUGGCUGAAACUAUUUAGUCACGUUGGGGCACCACCUAGUGAAAUAUCUUAAUAAUGUAAUGGCAUCUAGUGACUGGUUGACACUAUUUAGUCACGUUGGGGCACCAAUUAGUGAAAUAUCUAAAUAAUAAUAAUACACAAGAUCAUUUGUUGGUUC